AUGCCAGGUCAAAAUCCACGAUUUGCACAACUAUAUGUUUAUGACAUUGAGAAUGAAAUUGAAAACAGAAUGCAUGGAUUCAGGUCAAAAAGUGGAGUUGAUGUUAAUAUUGUGAGAAAACUAUCUGAAAUGUUAUAUGAACAUAAUAUUCAUGCACAAUCAUUUCGCAUGGCAAGGGACAGACUUUGUGAAGAAGGUGUUUCUGAUUUAAAACUUCGUUUAAUAUCUAAACGAAGAAAUGAUGGAAGGAUAUAUAAUCAACCAACUGUAUCCGAAUUUUCUAACUAUGAUGAUCCACUAGAAGCCAUUGUUAGUGAAACAUAUCCGAAUUUUCUUAACAAUUACAAGAAUCCAGAAUUUUUGCAAUCAAGAGCUAUAUUGGCAGGAACAAUUGAAACGGUUGACAUCAUAAAUCAAUAUGUUUUGGGAUUCAUACCAGGUGAAGAAAAGGAAUAUUUAAGUUCAGAUUCUGUAGACACUUUUGACGGUGAAGGAAAUGAAGCUUUUGAUGUUUUGACCCCGGAAUUUUUUAAUACACUUACAACUUCCGGUCUACCUAACCACAAGAUUAAAUUGAAGAUUGGGACCCCUAUUAUGUUGCUUCGAAACAUUGAUCAACCUGAAGGUCUCUGCAAUGGAACAAGGCUUAUAGUUACAAGAUUGGCAAACCACGUUAUCGAGGCAAAGAUUAUAUCUGGAAAGAAUAUUGGAGGGGUUAUCUAUAUUCCAAGAAUGGAUAUGACUCCAACACAAUCUCCGUGGCCAUUCAAAAUGACUAGAAGGCAAUUUCCCAUAACUAUAUGUUAUGCUAUGACAAUUAACAAAUCUCAAGGUCAGUCAUUGGAUUAUGUUGGAUUGUAUUUGCCUAGAAGUGUAUUUAGUCAUGGUCAACUAUAUGUUGCAAUAUCAAGAGUCAAAAGCAAAAAAGGGCUUAAGAUAUUAAUCCAUGACAAGGAUAACCAUCCAUUGAAUUCUACAACAAACGUCGUGUUCAAAGAAGUUUUUGAAAACUUAUAG